CUCUGACCUCCCGGCUGAGCUGACAGACCGGCCGUGCUUUGUUGUCGGUUUUGCAAGUCAUCAAACAAACACGUGGCGAAUCUUCAUCCCGGCUGCUUUUGCGAGGGACACCGACUGUUAGAUUCAACGUUUAUAUCCUGAAUUGUGCCGAGAAACUAUUAUUUGAAGACAAUAUGGCGGCCCAGAAUGGCGAGGCUAAGCGUACCAAGGUGCCGAUGCGCGUCCUGGUGACUGGCGGAACCGGCCUGGUUGGUCAGGCUAUCCACAGGGUGGUGCAGGAGGACCCAUGUGAGGACGAGGAGUGGAUAUUUGUGUCAUCCAAGGACGCUGAUCUCACAGACCCCGCGGCGACCCAGGCGUUGUUUGAGCGGCAUCAGCCGACCCAUGUGAUCCACCUGGCCGCCAUGGUGGGGGGGCUGUUCCGCAACCUCAAGUACAACCUGGACUUCUGGAGGAAUAACAUACGUAUUAACGACAACGUGCUACAUCUGGCCUACGAGAAUGGAGUGCGGAAAUGUGUCUCCUGCCUCUCUACCUGCAUCUUCCCUGACAAGACAACGUACCCCAUAGACGAAACUAUGGUCCACAAUGGCCCUCCCCACGACUCCAACUUUGGCUAUUCCUAUGCCAAAAGGAUGAUUGACGUGCAGAACAGGGCCUACUAUGUUCAGCACGGCUGCAAGUUUACCUCAGUCAUCCCCACUAACGUGUUUGGUCCUCAUGAUAACUUUAACCUGGAGGACGGCCAUGUGGUGCCUGGGCUCGUGCAUAAGGUCUACACAGCCAAGAGAGACAACAAACCAUUGACAGUCUGGGGCACAGGUUCACCUAGGAGACAAUUUAUUUAUUCUUAUGACCUGGCCAGGCUGAUGGUGUGGGUACUGAAGGACUAUCAGGAGGUGGACCCCAUCAUUCUCUCAGUUGGAGAGGAGGAUGAAAUCUCUAUUAAGGAGUGUGCAGAGCUGGUGGUGGACGCUAUGGACUUUAAAGGAGAGGUCAUCUUUGACACCACCAAAUCUGACGGUCAGUUCAAGAAGACGGCCAGCAAUGCCAAACUCAGGAAGUACCUGCCGGACUUCAGGUUCACCCCGAUCAAACAGGCUCUGAAGGAGACGUGUGACUGGUUUACUGAGAACUACGACACGGCCAGGAAGUAAGAGGAGCAGAAACCUGGGACAUGGUGGAUACAGAAGGAAGACGUUUAAUGGAACAGAUUGAUUCAAGUGUCGUUCAGCCUAACCAAUUUAAUUUCUUGGUAAACGGAUUCGCCUGCUUCAUUUUUUUCUGAUUUGCAAAAAAAAAAAAUUCAGAAUC